AUACCGCUAAGCAUUUCGCCUGCCGAGCUAACAAUUCUGCCAGCUCGCGACCCUAAUAAUAAUAACAACAAUAAUAAUAAUAAUAAUACAAAAGCGAAGAAAUAUUGAAUAAAUUUUCUUUUCCUUUCAAUAAUUUAAAAGAACCAAACAAUAUCGUUUGAACAUUUCAACAAAUGAUAUUAGAGGCAAAAUUUUGAAACUACUACUACUACUACUACUACUACUACUACUACUACUACUACUAUUAUUAUUUGGUGGUGUGAAGACCCGUUGAUCAAUACAUCCAUUGUGCUUCAUUAACGAUGUUGUGUGAACAACUUUCCAGCGCUUCCGAGGCCACGUUUUUCACUCUUCUUCCAGUCAGUAAUACUGUGACUGUCUCGUCUUCCUCUCCUCCUUCUCCUCCUUCUGCUUCCUCUUCUUUUCAAACCUUCUCUUCUUUCCCUUCAACUCCUUCUUUCACUUCUCUCACUUCUUCUUUUCCUCCAUCUGCUACGACUAUUUCUUCUUCUUCUUUUGUACCUUCUUCAUCUUUCGUUGUUCCGCCUGUCUCUGCCGAUUCUGCUGCCAGUACGGCUGUUUCUGUCCAGAAUGACGUGUUUACUGAUGCCCUCAGUUUAGCGUUGGCCCUUCGCUCUGCUACUGAAGAAAAUGGCAGUUGUGAGAUUGGUGGCGGCGAAGGGGUCAUCGUAAGAGAAGAAGCAGAAGAAGCCAGCAGUGUGUUGCAGUAUGUCUGCGAACACUGUGGCAAACAGUUCCCAAAUGCCCACAUCUUGUCCAUCCAUCGACGUGCGCACACCAUCAAUGGCACGAGACCUUAUCAGUGCAAGUUCUGUGAUAAAGCUUUUUCCGGCUCUCACAACCUGAUCAAGCACAUCCGUACACACACUGGCGAGAAGCCUUACGCAUGUUGCAUCUGUAGUAAAGCAUUUGCGGAUGCUGGACAGCGGAAAGUGCACAUGCGUACGCACACAGGUGAGAAGCCAUUUGAGUGCGAGCUCUGCGGCAAGAUGUUCUCCCAGUCAUGCAACUUGAGGUCACACAUGGCGACUCACUCUGGCGUACGUCCUUACCAUUGUCCUCAUUGCUUGAAGGACUUUGCACGUGCCAGCACCUUGCUGCAGCAUAAGUUUCACAACCAAGGACAAAACGGUCCUUUGGAGUGCCCGUUCUGCGACCAGGUCUUUGAGCACAAGUGUUCCUUAAGCGUUCAUCUCCGCACACACCCCAGAGAAUCCCGAAACAGGGACUCAAAGACAAAACAGAAGAAUCUUGCCACUUAGGGAAUUUGGUACUGAUAUAAAUUUACCUCAUAUAGAGUGGGAGCCCAAUGGCUGUGAGAUGAAGGUGUCUAUGGCUAAAUUAGGUGAUUGCAAAUUCUGAUGUUAUGUUUUUAUAGACAUGACAGUCUGUCUCUGAGCAUGGCACCGGAUUCUGAUUGGCUCCAAUUUGCCUGAACGAACAAAAUAAGAUAAAAAAAAUAGGAACAAAAAU